AUGGGUUCUUUAGCUGCUACAGUCGGGAAUGGAGAAACCAACGAAUCAUCCCUUCAACACCCUGCAACUCAUGGCAGCCAUACCGCCAACGGCCAUACAGCCAACGGUCACAUAACCAAUGGCCAUACCCUCAAUGGCCAUUCCAUAAACGGCCACACUGCAGACGAUAACGGUACUAUUAAUGGCUCGCUAAACGGGCUCGGCUACCCGAGUCAAACUCUUAUGGCCAUCUGUGGCAUGGCUUGCCGCCUUCCAGGAGGAAUAGCAUCGGCUGAGGAGUUAUGGGAAUUCCUUUUGGCAAAAAAGAAUGCCCGGACUCGUGUGCCUGAAUCCCGCUACAACGUCUCCGCCUUCCACUCCGCCGUUUCCAAGCCAGGAACGGUGGCUACAGAAUACGGGCAUUUUCUUGACGAUAGCGUCGACCUUGGGGCGCUGGACACAUCUGUCUUCCCCUUGAAUCGAACUGAGCUAGAAAGAUCGGACCCGCAACAGCGGCUGAUGUUGGAGGUUGCCAGAGAGGCCUUUGAAGAUGCCGGGGUGACCGACUGGAGGGGGAAGACGGUGGGAUGCUACAUUGGAAACUAUGGAGAGGACUGGUCUGAGAUGUUCGCCAAGGAACCGCAGCAAUACGGCUUGCAUCGCAUCACUGGUACUGGGGACUUUGUCAUCGCGAAUCGGCUAUCAUAUGAAUUUGAUAUCAGGGGACCCAGCGUCACAAUUCGUACGGCUUGUUCUUCUGCCCUCAUCGGCAUCAACGAGGCCUGCGCGGCCAUCGCCCGUGGAGAUUGCGAAGCUGCCAUCGUGGGCGGCCUUAAUCUGAUCCUGGCGCCGGCCAUGACCAUUUCUGAAACAGAGCAAGGCGUUUUAUCCAAGGAUGGCUCGUGCAAGACCUUUUCUGCAGAUGCUAACGGCUAUGCCCGGGGAGAAGCCGUUACUGCUGUCUUCAUUAAACCAUUGACCGACGCAAUUCGUGACGGCAACCCGGUCCGGGCUGUCAUCCGGGCCGUAACGAAUAACUCGGACGGCAAGACGCCCGGGAUAUCACAUCCAAGCACUAGCUCGCAGGAAACCCUCAUGAGAAGAGCGUACGCCAUGGCAGGAAUCACCGACUUUGGGGAAACAGCUAUGGUUGAGUGCCACGGCACCGGCACGCCCAUCGGCGAUCCUAUUGAGGCCAAUGCCGUGGCUCGUGUUUUCGGGGAGCGGGGAGUUUAUAUUGGUUCCGUCAAGCCAAAUCUAGGCCAUACAGAAGGCGCCUCGGGUCUCGUGUCCCUGAUCAAGAUGGUUAAAGCCCUUGAGCACCGCACAAUACCACCCCAGAUCCGGUUCACAGCUCCCAAUCCCAACAUCCUCUUUAAAGAGGGCAAACUCACGGUUCCCCUGGAGCCAACUCCCUGGCCUCAAGAUCGCCUCGAGCGUGUAAGUCUGAACUCCUUCGGCGUGGGUGGCUCCAACGCCCACAUAAUCCUCGAGUCUGCCGUCAUGCACAACGCCGCAACCGUCAUUCACGCCACGCCGGAAGAACCUCAGCUCCUUUUAUACACGGCCAGUUCUGCCAAGUCCCUCGCCAGGAUGAUUGACAACUACCGGCACUGGGUUGAGAGGAACCCCUCCAAGGUCGCCGACCUGGCCUACACUCUGGCUAGGAAGCGAGAUCAUGGGCCGCACAGGGCCUUCGCUAUUGCCAACGGCGGCGCAAUUGAAACCGUCUCGCCGCCCGCAAGCAUCAAGCCCGGCACGAAGCCGCCUAAUAUUGUCAUGGUCUUUACAGGUCAGGGAGCGCAGUGGCCCCAAAUGGGUCGACAGCUAUGGCAGUCCAACGAGACCUUCAAGGCCAGCAUUCAGCACCUGGAUCAGUGUCUCCAAGCCGUUUCUGGAGAAAGGCCACACUACUCAAUCCAGGAGGAGCUCAAGAAGCCGGCCAAGAAGAGCCGCGUAUCUUCGGCCGAGAUCUCCCAGCCCCUGUGCACGGCAAUUCAGAUCGCCUUGGUCGACUGCCUGAAGGCCCUGGGCAUCGUGCCGAGUGCCGUUGUCGGCCAUUCUAGCGGCGAGAUUGCGGCCGCCUACGCCUCGGGGGCGCUCACAGCGAGUGAAGCCAUCAUGGCAGCCCAUCACCGUGGCGCCGUGACGAAUAGGCAGAGGAGAAAAGGGUCCAUGGCGGCCAUUGGAAUGAGUUGGCGAGAUACGGAGAAGCACCUCGUGCCCAACGUCGUCAUCGCCUGUGACAACUCUCCCAAAAGUGUGACAAUUUCAGGUGACACAGAUAAGGUCAAGGCUGUGGUGGCUGAUAUUCAAAUGACACGUCCAGAAGUGUUGGCUCGGCUUCUUCAGGUAGACAAAGCAUACCACUCGCAUCACAUGGCCGAGAUUGGAGACGACUACGCUUCGUUGAUUAGCGGCCAAGUGAAUGGAAAGGGUCCUUCGAAUGCCUUCUUCUUCUCUAGUGUGACAGGAAAGCUGCUGGAUGGAGAGCACAAUCUCGGGUCGGCAUAUUGGCGGACAAACCUCGAAUCCCCCGUCCGGUUCCGUGAGGCCGUCACAAACCUCCUGAAUCACGAGGUUGGCAAGCAUGCCGUCUUUAUCGAGAUUGGCCCUCACUCAGCCCUCGCGGGACCUCUGAGACAAAUAUUCACUGAGACCUCUUCACCUUGUCCUUACUUGUCAGUCAUAAUCCGCAACCAGGAUUGUCUUGGAUCCUAUCUGGCUGCCGUCGGCAAACUCCAUUCACUCAAUGUAAACAUCAACCUCGACGUCUUGUUCCCCACGGGUUCUUGUCUACCAGAUCUCCCAAGGUACCCGUGGAACCACGAGAACACCUGCUGGUACGAGUCCCGUCUGUCCAAAGAUUGGCGCUUCCGAAAAUUCCCCUAUCAUGAUCUCCUUGGCCUUCGAGUCGUCGAGAGCACCGAGCUCGAGCCGGCCUGGCGCAACCUGUUUCACCUAUCCAACACGCCUUGGGUCCACGACCACAAGAUCGGGGACGAUAUCGUUUUCCCCUUUGCCGGCUACAUUGCCAUGGCUGGCGAGGCGGUGAGGCAGACGACGGGCAUCAACGACGGGUUCAGCAUUCAAAAUGUACUUGUCAGCACAGCACUGGUACUCCCUAAGGGCAAGCCCACGGAGAUGAUAACCACGUUCCGGCCAAAGAGCCUCACAACGGCCCUGAACAGCUCCUGGUGGGAAUUCACGAUGGCCUCGUACAACGGUGACAUCUGGACAAAACACUGCACGGGCGAAGUCAUGGCGCUCACGUCUGACCCAAGACCGGGACAGGAUCCCGAACCCCUUCCUCGCAAGGUGAACACGGCCAAGUGGUACAGCAACAUGAGCAAGGGCGGUCUUGACCUUGGCCCUUGUUUCCAAACACUUGCCACCAUUGAGACUUCAACGCGUCCAGAGGACAACCGGGCCAUUGGAAAUGUUGUCAACGGCAGGCAGGGCGAUGAGGCCAACUACCACAUCCAUCCCACCGUUCUCGACGCGACCAUCCAGAUCCUAGGUGCCGCCGCCACCAAUGGCCAGAUGCGAAAGACCAAGACUUGGCUUCCUACCAGCAUGGACAGGCUCAGCGUCUACCGUUGCUCGUCGGACAUGGUCACCAGUGUUAGUGCGAGGCUGUCAAGCAACCAUUCCGUAGUGGGAGGAGGCCGUUGCACGGCGGGCGGCGUCGUCGUCGUCGAGGCUGAGAAUAUCAAAAUGUCACUUGCGGCCGACUCCAUUUCAAACCAGGUCCCCGACACACACGCGGCCGCAAGGUACGAGUGGAGCGCCGAUAUUGACUUUAUGAAUGUUGGCGAGCUCCUCAUCGCACCAGCAGGCCGCUCUGAAUACUUGCAUCUCCUCGAGGAGCUCGGGCAACUCUGCUUGCUUUCCUCGAAGCGCCGGCUUUACUCGACGUCUAAACCGGUGGUCCUCGCUCCUCAUAUGCUCAAGUAUACGUCCUGGAUCACGUCCGCUUCCAAGGUGGUCGUCGUCAACCUAGCGUCUGUCGUGAGCAAUCUGGACAACGAGAACAUCUCGGCCCGCAUCCACGCUCUCUCAAACCGUCUUGCUGACACUCCAAUGUCGCCCGUCUCUAAUGCCAUCCGCGAGAUCUGGACGAAUAUGGAUCUGUUGCUUUCAGGACAGACACUCGAAGAUAUUCUCCCGGAGGAGACACUACCUAGUGUCUUGAAGUUCGUGCACAAAUCCAUUGACUAUGGCCCACUUAUUCAGCAUCUAGCACACUCCAAACCCAACUUGCGCAUCCUCGAGAUUGGCGGCGACAGAAGCUCAUCGGCAGCCAGUGGCAUUGCCGAGGACCUCACACGCCCCGAUGGCCAAGUGCUCUGCUCCCAGUAUACCUUGAGCUCGCCAGGCUUUGUCUCCAGCAAGGACCAGCCGAUGCUGCUCCCCAAUAUGGAAUACACCACUCUGGAUAUCGGCCAAGAUCCCGCGCAUCAGGGCUUCGAGGGACACCAAUACGACCUCAUCAUCGCGUCCAACGUCAUUGGGGCCACCAGGGACCCGCAGCAGAGCCUGGGCAACAUUAAGAGACUCCUGAGUCCCAACGGCCGACUGCUUAUACAGGAGACUUGCCCGUCGUCCAAAUGGGCCACCUAUGUUCUCGGAGUCCUCCCGACGUGGUGGCAAGGCACCGCUGACGGGUCUGACGAAGCAGCCGUGCUCAGUCCCGAAGUAUGGCAGUCGAAGCUUGCGGCGGCAGGGCUCGGCAGCAUCGAAGCCACGGUUCUGGAUGCCGAACAGCCUCACCAACUCACUGCGACCAUAGUAGCAAGACAUGACUUGCCCCGGGAGACUGCCCCUAGACGAGUCACUGUUCUUGUCGAUGACGAGAAUGGAGCUGCCACUCGGCGGAUGCUCAGCCGACUAGAAGAUGACGGUUACGCCGUGACAAGUUGCAGGUUGGAUGGCUCUCCGCCAGUCGGACAGGAUGUCCUCUCCUGCCUGGACCUAGACAAACCCUUCUUUGAGAAUCUCAGCGAGCCCCGCUAUCAGCUCCUCAAAGACUUCCUCCUCGCCCUCGGCGGCGCCGGCGUUCUCUGGAUCACGGCUCUCAGCCAGCGGGGAUGCCGUGAUCCCCGGUACGCCCAAGUCUUGGGUCUCGCUCGAUGUGUCCGCUCCGAGAUGAUUGCCGACUUUGCCACGUGCGAGGUGGACAGCUUCGACAAUGCCCAGUCAAUGGACAUGAUCCCCCGGGUCCUGGCCAAAUUCGAGAAUCGCGACGACGACGCCGACGACGCCGUCAAGUCCGACUUUGAAUGGGCCAUUAUCGACGGCCAGGUCCAGGUUGGGCGCUUCCAUAAAUUCGCGCUGCGUGACGAACUCCUGGUGUCGGAGCCCGCUGGAAAGGCUUCCCUUGACAUCGGGACGCCUGGCCUGGUCAACAGUCUGCGUUGGGUGCAACAGCCGCGCGAGGCCGAGCUGAAGCCGGGCGAUGUAGAGGUCCAGGUGCACUCUGUAGGCUUGAACUUUCGGGACAUCCUCGUGGCCCUUGGCAUCGUGGAACUUCCAGUGCGCCAGUUUGGAUUCGAAGCAGCAGGCAUCAUUACACGGGUCGGAAAGGACGUGGACCCCAACCAGCUCAAGGUCGGCGAUCGCAUCUGCUGCUUAAAGAAGCAGGCCUUUGGGACUUAUAUUGUCACUCCGGACUAUAGUUGUACUCAUGUCCCCGACAACAUCACCUUUGAUGAGGCCGCGUGCAUGAUCAUGCCAUAUAUUACGGCUAUCCACGGCUUGUUCGCUACUGCACGUCUUUCCAGGGGUCAGACCGUCUUGAUUCACAGCGCAUGUGGUGGCGUUGGUCUGGCCGCUGUGCAGAUUUCCCAGAUGGUCGGCGCUGAAGUGUACUGUUCCGUCGGCAGAGAAGACAAGGUCGAGUUCCUGAUGAACAACUUCAACAUCCCCCGGAAUCGCAUUUUCUACUCCCGUGACAAGUCCUUUGUUGGUGACGUUAUGCGGGAGACUGGUGGCCAAGGCAUGGACGUCAUCCUCAACUCCCUUUCCGGCGAGCUCUUGCACGCAACGUGGACAUGCGUCGCCGAGUUCGGUACCUUGGUUGAGAUUGGAAAGCGAGAUCUGAUCGGCCGUGGGAAACUCGACAUGGAGCCCUUUUUGAAGAACCGCAGCUACUGCUGUAUUGACAUUGACCGCGUCUGGUCGAAGCCGUGGAUUCUGAGAAAACACAUGCUGGACGCCUUCGACUGGUGUGCCAAGGGUCUUGUCACCCCCGUUCGACCCGUCAAAUCUUUCCCAGCCAGUCAAACACAGGACGCGUUCCGGUACAUGCAAAAGGGGUUUCACAUUGGACGAAUUGGCAUUUCCAUCUCUCACAACCCAGAACACCCGGAUACCCAGUUUGAGACUGUCAAGAUGGCCCGACCCAUCACAUUUGACGGAUCUGGUUCCUACCUUCUUGUCGGGGGUCUCGGGGGUCUCGGCCGCGCCAUUUCCGUCUGGAUGGCCGAGCACGGCGCCCGCGAAUUGAUUUAUCUAUCACGAAGCGCUGGAGGGGACACCAAGCACGACCUCUUCGUGGCCGAGCUCAAGAGUAUGGGCUGCAACGUCAAGCUCAUCCAGGGAGACGUGACCAAGCUCGAGGACGUCGAGAAGGCUGUCAAGGCGGCCACACAUGCCCUUCGAGGCAUCAUCCAGAUGUCCAUGGUGCUCUAUGACCAAAACUUUACCAAAAUGACCUUUGAGGAGUGGACGGGUGCGACAGCCCCCAAGGUCGAGGGCACAUGGAACCUACACCGUGCCUCCCUGUCCGCUGGUACAGACUUGGACUUUUUUGUCCUCUUCAGCUCCGUUUCGGGAAUCAUCGGCCAGUCAGGCCAGGCCAACUAUGCCAGCGCCAACACCUUUCUUGAUGCGUUUGCCCAGUACCGCAAGGGCUUGGGCUUGGCAGCCUCGGUCGUCGACGUCGGAGCCGUCGAAGACAUUGGAGUCAUUACCGAGCGCCAAGGAUUAAUGAGCACCAUGAAAGCAACCGGCUUCAAGGGCGUCACAGAGCAGGAACUCUUGGACGCCAUGGUCUUGGCAAUGUUUGCCCAUGCUCGGCCGACGGGGCAAGGAAAUAGUCCAGGCUUCCACUCGGCCUUUGUCGAGGCCAACACGUUUGUCCUUGGCCUGGACUCGUCGAUACCGCUGAGUAGUCCCAACAACCGCUCCGUGUGGAAAAGAGACCGUCGCAUGGCGGUGUACCACAACGCCGCUGCCGCUGGUGCUGAAGCCGCCGCGUCCAACGAUGGUCUCAAAUCGUUCCUGGCUGGUGCCAGGGCCGACCCUUCUGUCCUCAGCUCGCCGGAGACAGCUAACCUGUUCGCCGUUGAGAUUGGCAAGAAACUGUUUCACCUGCUGCUCAAGCCACAGGAGGACCUCAACAUAGCCUUGCCCUUGGUCGACCUGGGUCUCGACUCGCUUGUGGCACUCGAGCUCAAGGCCUGGUGGAAGCAGGUCUUCUCCUUUGACAUCAGUGUGCUGGAGAUGCUUGCGAUGGGAUCCCUUGCGGCGCUUGGGAAACAUGCCGCCGACCAGAUGAUCAAGAUUACCGCCAUUGAUAAGGACGCGUCCUGA